AUGACAACACUGGACUCUCUUGCGAAUGCGGCAGCCUCGUUCAGCCGCAUGACAACCGCUGUGCCACUGGACUACGAGAGCCUGAUUGCUACUGGCAUACAGUCCAGCACCGCAAACCCUUUCAUGCCUCCUGUGACAUUCGAGUUUGAUACUCAGUGCGAUGGCUCGGAAUCUAUUGUACCUGUAACUCUCCCGGCCAACUUGCAGCAAUUUUCACGGCCUCCAGACAUCCUCCCACAAACCCCAAGCAAUGCUCAAACCUACCAACGCAGCAGCUCUUAUAAUGCCAACCACGGUCCCAGCGUCCUGCAGCCAGACCCAGGACUAUUGUCUCCAACGGAAGGAUCCUUCGAAGACGUUGGCCUCUCCUCCAACGAGUUAAACAAUUGGGAAUACCACGACCCAGACCCAUCCACCGCUUGGAAGUACACUUCAGCCUACUUCCAGUAUGCGUUAGACGCCAGUAUGGGGGUCGUGCAGCGAUCGACAUUCGAGACCCAACUGACUUCCUACCUCAAUGGAGUGACCAGCCAUGUCGAUGUUGCGUGGCAUGCGCUCCGCAACGCGAUAUAUGCGUCAGGCUGCAGGAUUCACCUAUCUGAAACUCAGUCCUUCCAAGAAGCCAAUCGGGUGGCUUGGACGUACUUCGAGAAUGCUCUCGCGUUUUACGCCCAGAUUCUCUUGUUCAGAACAUCUCUGACAAGUGUUCAGGCGCUCACCGUCAUGGCCUAUUACUCUCAGAACUUCGGCAGCCCGUGUCUCGAGUAUAUGCUUUGUAACAAUGCUUUAGCACUUGCGGUUGGGAGGGGUUUGCAUCGAAAGCCCACCCAAGGCUGGAACCUAACGCCCGCGGAGCGCUCGCAUCGAAGCUGCAUAUUCUGGGCGUUGUACUGUCUCGAAAAGCAGAUAGAGAAGCAAUCUGGAAGGCCAUCGGUCAGUAUCGAAUCUCCGAAUGCUGCAGAGAGUGCCUGGGCUGACGCUAUUGACCAGACAAUAAACGACGAUGAGGUAACCUGCGAACUCCCCGAACCAUCGCUUGUGCCCAACGAGUCACUAAAUCUGACAUACUUGACACUUCUCGCCAAGUUGUCUCGAUUCGCCUCACUCGUCACCCGUCAACUAUCAAGUGUUCGAGUCAUGCGCCUAGGAGCACAGGAACUGGUCACUUUGGUUGUCAAACUCGACGAGCAACUUGCUGCUCUGAGAUCGAGUCUGGAACCUACUAUCAUGCUCGGCGGCGCCAUGAACCCGAAUCGCCUUCCGCCGGGGAUUACACUUCAACAGGCUGUCUACCUCCAUUGUUUCUAUCACACUACACUGUUAGACAUACACAGUACCUUGAUCCAUCCGUGGAGCAAAAGCCUUCUAGGUCUGACGCCGCAUCGAGUCUUACGAUCCCAAGUCGAAACAUCGGUUGAGACGGUCUUGAGAGCAUGUCACACUGCCAUGUUGACUCUAAACUACGUCCACAUUGAUGCUGCAACCCCUGUACCGCUCAGCUUCGUCGCGCCAAUCUGUGUCCUCACCAAUCUAUUCAUCUGCAUCCUACAGAACCCCGGGCACCAGCAGGUCGCGAGAGCCCUGUCCCUUAUGGAACUCGGCACCGCUUUCUUCACCCGCUUGCACGUCGCCUCUGAUUCGGCUGUGCCAAUGGAAUUUGCCAAAGAAUUGACUGCCCUGGCCCGGGAAACGUCGCAGAACUUCAACCUGCGUGCUUCACCAUUGAACCGUGGAACUGACGGUUCGGAAUCCCGAAACCUUUCUACUGUCCCAGUGACAACAGCAGAUCCUCCUUGUGACUAUCACACCCCGGACUUUGUCUUUCCGGACGAUUCUCGAGAGGUAAUCAAUCGGGAAGAGCUUGACUUGCUUGAGUUCGAACAGUGGAGCAUCUUGAUCCCGGCGGAUAUAGAUCUCGAUGGCAUCGAUUUUCCGAUGCCUGUUGGGACCAACUGA